AACGGCGUGAGCCGGCCCGCCAUCAAGCCGGCCCUGCCGCCCUCUCAGCCCCCGUCCUCUGGCCCCGCCCCUCCCGCGGCCCGUGGGCUCCUGAGGGACAAGACGGAGGGCAAACCCCUCCAGGAGCAGCUGCCCCUCAACCAGAUCAAGUCUGAACCGGCCGACUACGAGCUGAAGCCCACCGCGGCCCCUCACGCCGUCGCCGCGGGCGCUAACGGGGUGGUGCCGGCAGGGGCGGGGCUGGGCGUGGCGCCGGCCGUGGCCCCAGGGGUGGUCCAGGCGGUGGUGGUGCCCACCAUGGGUCUGAUGUCGCCCAUCAGCAUCAACCUGAGCGACCUGCAGAACGUGCUGAAGGUGGCCAUGGAUGGGAACGUGCUGCGGCAGGUGCUGGGCACUGCCAACGGCGUGGUGGCGCAGGGGAAGCAGGGAGUUGUAGUCCAGCAGAGCCAGCAGCAGCAGGUCAUCUCCACCAUCAGCCUGCCUGCCUUCGUGGACCAGGACGGAAACACCAAGAUCAUCAUCAACUACAGCCUCAACCCCGGCCCAGCCCCAACGCUGCCCCAGCCUCUGAAGAAGAAGGAGGCGCAACCCCCGCCUCCGGAGGCCCCGGCCUCCAAGGUGGAGAAACUGCCUCACGACUUCAGAAUCGUCAAGACCGAGCCCGACUCUGAGUCAGAUAAGGAGGCCGGAACGAAAGCGGAAGAGAAGGAGGCAGCGGCCAAGACUUCCGAAGAGAAGAAGAAGACCGCCACUUCCUGUUUACUAUGUGACGACUGCCCUACCGGUCUGGACUCGCUGCAAGCACUCCACUCCAAGCCGGCCAAUGGGAGUUCAGACGUCCUUCCGGACCCUUCCAUCGCCUCUCUCCUGGAGGAGGGGGGCCUGGCCCCAGGGAAACCCCCCCUGAAGGACCUCCUGUCGCUCCUCAAAGCAUACUUCGCCUCCAACGCCGACCCCUCGGAGGAAGAGCUCGCCAAGAUCGCCGCCUCGGUCAACCUCCCGGUGGACGUGGUGAGGAAGUGGUUCCAGAAGAUGAAGAGCGGGGCCAUCACCAUGGGAACGCCCGCCGCCCCGACCUCCGACGGUUCCCGAGCCGCCGACCUCGGCGUCGCCGCCGCCGAACCCGGCGGAGACGGCUCCGAGACGCCCGCCCAGGACUCGCCCUCCGAUCGCGGCCCCGCCUCCCCCUCAGGCUCCGCCUCCGAUCCCGCCCCCUCACCACUAAACCUGUCCUCCGGCGGGCUAGUCAUCGUGAAGACGGAGGACGACUCGGAGGGCGACGAGGCCCAAGCCGAGCCUCUGGACCUCUCCCUCCCCAAGAGCAUGGGCGGGGGGGCGCCAGAUCCUCGGAAAACCCCCCCUAAGCCCCAGGAGCAGCCCCUCAACCUCACCUGCCUGAGGAAGGAGCAGGGAGGGGGCGGAGGCACCAUCUAUGUCACGUCACAGUCCUCCGCCGCCACCGCCAGCCCAGUCAACCUGGUGGCCACCCAGCUCCCCACCUUGGUUGCCAUCACCAGCCAGGGAGGCACUGUGCCAUGCCUGCGCGCCAUCACCACCACCACCAAGCGUGCCAUCCUCAUCCCCCAGCUCACCUACACCUACACCACUGCUGCCGGCGGCAACGCCGGGGCCAAGACUGUUAUCCUCAACGGUUGCCAGACAGAGAAGAAGCAGGACAGCGGCUCAGAGGGCGGGGCGGCGGCGGUGACGCAGGAGGAGCAGACAGACUCCGACUCUCCCCCCCCCCAGAGGAAGCUCAGGCGUCUGGAGAGCGGCAUGUACUUCUGUGACCUGUGUGACAAGAUCUUCCAGAAGAGCAGCUCGCUGCUGAGGCACAAAUACGAGCACACAGGAAUGCGUCCUCAUGAGUGUGGCAUCUGCAGGAAGGCCUUCAAACACAAGCACCACCUGAUAGAACACACCCGUCUCCACUCUGGGGAGAAACCCUACCAGUGCGACAAGUGUGGCAAACGCUUCUCCCACUCUGGCUCGUAUUCCCAACACAUGAACCACCGCUACUCCUACUGCAAGAAGGACGGGCCCGGGGGCCGAACCGGGGGACCAGGGGGCCGGGACGACCUCCAGGCCGGGGGGCAGGGGGGCGCUGAAAGUCCCCUCCCCCCGGGGGAGCAGUCAGACAGCAGGGCCACCUCCCCACCCUCCCAGCUGGACUCUGACGAGAGGGAGAGCGAGGAGGAGGAGGAGGAGGAGGAGGAGGAAGAAGAGGAUGAGGGGAUGGAGGCCGUGAGUGUGGAUGACGUCAGGGUGGUGCAGGUGGGGGACGACGGGGAGUGUGAGAUCUACGAGGGGGAGUUUGAGGACGAGGCAGUCGGGAGAGAGGUGGAGGGAGAGGAGAGGGUGGAGGGAGAGGAGAGGGUAGAUGAUGUGGUGUUUGAAGACGAGGUGGUGGAGGUCCAGCUGGGUGACGAGGAGGACGACGAGGAGGAAGCCAUGGAAACCGAAGACGCUGUGGCAACAGAUGAAGGGGUCACGGAAGAGAAGGAUACCAUAGCAACAGAGGACGCUGUGGCAACAGAUGAGGGGGUCACGGAAGAGAAGGAAACCAUAGCAACAGAGGACGCUGUGGCAACAGAUGAGGGGGUCACGGAAGAGAAGGAAACCAUAGCAACAGAGGACGCUGUGGCAACAGAUGAGGGGGUCACGGGAGAGAAGGAAACCAUAGCAACAGACGACGCUGUGGCAACAGAUGAGGGGGUCACGGAAGAGAAGGAAACCAUAGCAACCGAGGACGCUGUGGCAACAGAUGAGGGGGUCACGGAAGAGAAGGAAACCAUAGCAACAGACGACGCUGUGGCAACAGAUGAGGGGGUCACGGAAGAGAAGGAAACCAUAGCAACCAAGGACGCUAUGGCUACAGAGGAGGAGCUCACAGAAGAGAAGGAAACCAUAGCAACAGAGGACGCUAUGGCAACAGACGAGGGGGUCACGGAAGAGAAGGAAACCAUAGCAUUUGAGGACGCUAUGGCAACAGAUGAGGGUGCACCAUUAGGUCAAGAGUCUGAGAGGAAAGAAGAAGAGGAGGGGGAAGAGAAGGAAACUGUAACAACCGAGGAUGCUAUGGAAACCGACGACAAAGAAGACCGCGUGGACGACAGCGCGAAGGAGGGAUUGGAGAUCCCUCCCAUGACCUCAGAGAAAGUCAAAAUGAGCUCUGAAUGA